GUUUAUGUCAAGAAUACGUCAAAAUAAUUUGGACAAACAAAUACGACGAUAGUGAUAAAAACCUGUGAAUGGCUGCAAUUGAGAAAGUAAAGGUAGUCGUCCUCGGCGAUUCCGGUGUGGGGAAAACUUCUUUAACAUAUUUAAUUGCACACAAUAAGCCUCUCCUUUCGCCGGGUUGGACAGUUGGAUGUUCAGUUGAAGUCAAAUUACACAAGUACAAGGAGGGCACACAAGCACAAAAUACAUUUUUCGUUGAACUUUGGGAUGUCGGUGGUUCUAACAAUCAUAGAAAUACUAGAAAUGUCUUCUACCAACCAACACAUGGUAUAAUUUUAGUUCAUGACUUGACUAAUCGGAAAAGUCAAAUCAACCUACAAAAAUGGCUAUCAGAAAUAUUAAAUCAAGAUUCUUCAAACCCAACAUUCCAACAUGUCGAUGUUGAUCCUGAACAGUUUUUGGGAUCUACACAGAUCCCAAUUCUUGUCAUAGGCACAAAAUUUGAUUUAGCAGAAGAGAAACAGAAGAAGAACCAAUAUAGAAGAUUGGCAAGUAGUAUAGCAGAACAAUGUGGUGCUGAUGAAAUAUUUGUCAAUUGUUUUCAGCCCAGGUCUUUGGCACCUGGUACCAGUAAUUCUGUCAAGCUAACCAGAUUUUUUGACAAGGUGAUAGAAAGGCGAUAUUAUUCACGCAUAAGUCCUUUCACUGACAAAAGGCGGCCGAUUCCCUCCUACAUAAUGGCGACCUCUACACCUUUGUCGAAAAACAAACCUACCCAGUACAUGAGCCCCAGAUUCUAUCAUAUGGACUGAUUACAAGUAAGAUGAUAACCGAUAGUAAAAGUAUUUAUCAGACGGUGGCUUUAUUUUGAAAAUGUGAAUAAAUAUAUUAUAAUGGUGUUAAGAAUUAAA